AUGAUGUCAGUCGUCAAGAGACGCCAUGAUUUUUAUUUCUUUCCUGAAUCGCCUGCGCUUCAUGCACCGAUACAAUACCCUGUCUUCGUUCAUGACUGUUUUCGAGUUUCGGGCAAUGUCGAUUAUGCCGUGAUGGCUCUGAUUCAGCCUCCUCAGGUUCGACGUCUGCAGAUGCUUGGCACUCUUUCUCUGCUCGCGAUUGUUGUCGGCGGUUCAGUCCUUAUUUUUGUUGGUAUAAAUGCGCUCUCCGGUCGCAAAGAGAAAGAUGAACUCGGUAGGGCAAGGCCACCAGGCCAGGCACGUUUCAGUGUUGGACAUGAAUGGAGCAUCCAGACCUGGAUAGCCAUCGUUGGUGUUGCAUUUGCUCUAUCAUCUUAUGGCUUUACAGAGGCAUAUGUUCAUCUAUUCGAUACAUGGGCUAGUCGACAAGCACAACUCAGCAAUGGCCUCGACUAUGCUCGGUAUCUCAACUCUCAACCACGAGCACCGGUCGUCUAUGGCUUCAGAGGUUUUCCCUCCUUUAUCACUCUGCGAUACUUUCUCCUGAUUAUGAGCAUCAUUGCAUCUGUGGGCUACAAGUUCGCUAUUGUGAGCCCGGACGCUUGGAUCAAAGAGAACUUUCAUCCACGAUUAAUUGAAUAUAUCAAGAGUGAGCUUUCGGCAGUGAAGAACGGCUCUCUUGUCUCGGAACCCGAGCCAUGGAUCAAUGACUUCCCGCUUUAUGACAUCAAUCGGGCAUUUAUUCAUUUCAACCAGCUUUCUCAAGAGCCUCCCUAUGCUGCAAAUAUGUCCCUACCACCCAAUGGCUUGGCUAUGGUUGGUCAUGCCAAUUGCUUUUCAACCAGCAGAGCUGAUCAAUUCUACCCUGGCGACGUCGGAACGCUUCAUACUCGAGAAGUAGUUUUAGUAGCCAAUGGCUCAGUGGGCAAAGGCGACUUUUAUAUGACAGAAGACCCAGGCGACUGGCAUCGAAUGGAGACGGCCAGCACCAACUGGUUUGAUCCGCCUCAAAGAGCCCUGGUUGAGUAUCGACUCAUUGGAUUUGGGAGCCUCCAGAUCCAAUGGGCAAAGAAACCAAACAAAUCUUCAGAAUCGUGGAGGAUUCCGGUAGAGCAUCGGUCCUUGUACAAGAUGGAGCUCGCAACCGCCGAAGUCAGGAGAUACGUUCGAGACCAGAACUGCAGGUUUCUGCCACAGGCGGCUCUUUCGUUCCUCUCUUUCAGCAAUAACACUUUCGAAAAAUCCAUCGCUGCUGUGAUGCCAUCCUGGGGCAAUAUAACAGCCACAGAGCGCUUUAACAUCUCGGACUUGAUACCACAGUACGGCGUUUGGCUAGAUGCUUUGGUCAAGAGCCCAGAUGCCACGCUUCUCAGUGGUGUUAGUGCAAUCAUCAGAGCAGUCAUGGCAUCUAUCAAAACCACAAAACUGCUGGACUCGGAGAACCUGAAGGCUGGUUUCUUGCCUUUUGGGGAAGAAAGAAUUUUGGCCCCUGAAGAAUCAUUUCGUGAUGCUGAGUAUCCUUUCUACGUUGGAUGGAGGGAAAACAAGAACACCGGGUGUUACAUCAGUGCUGCCAUCGUAUUUAUUAUCCUCGGUUGCUUUUCCAUCAUCGUUGGGAUAUACCGUAUAUGGCUUGGUCCGCCAGCGUUGACUUCCUGGAUGGGGCAACAUGUCUUUCUGGCUGGGACCGAAACAAUGGCUCUGUCCAAUAAAGUGACUGGCCUGUCGUCUGGAUAUACAGUGGCAGGAUCUGAUCUGGGCAAAUUGCGGCUUCCAACGAGAAAGGGAGGUGAAGAAGAUGCCAUGUUGAAACCUAGUGUAUCAUCUGGUGGAUAA